AUGGGAAGUUUAUUGUUGGUAGGAUUUCCUCAUGUAACGACAUCAUGUGGUCGAUUUGAGGGUAUGGGUGAGCAUACUCCUCAUACUGUUUCAGGAGGUGAACCAGCAGCGAUAGUAGUUGUUGAUGUGUGCGUUAGACUUCUUCCUGGUGUGGGAAGCAGUACUGGGUAUGAUUUACGGAGAGCUCUAUCGUUAUUCGACAAAGCAGUAUUGGGUAGUGAUUUACAGAGAGCUCUAUCGUUAUUCGACAAAGCAGUAUUGGGUAGUGAUUUACAGAGAGCUCUAUCGUUAUUCGACAAAGCAGUAUUGGGUAGUGAUUUACAGAGAGCUCUAUCGUUAUUCGAUAAAGCAGUAUUGGGUAGUGAUUUACGGAGAGCUCUAUCGUUAUUCGAUAAAGCAGUAUUGGGUAGUGAUUUACGGAGAGUUCUAUCGUUAUUCGAUAAAGCAGUAUUGGGUAGUGAUUUACGGAGAGCUCUAUCGUUAUUCGACAUCACUUAG